CACGCCUCAUUGUCUAACGCUCAAUCUGAGUGAAGGGGUAUUUUCAGAGAGCAACUAUAGAAUGUGACUUCCUUUUCAACUAACAUACAGGAAUUAUUUUAUAGAACAGCAGCCCUCAUCAAAAGGAAGUCUCUGCUCUUUCUCUACUCUACUAUUCCUUCUCUGUGUGUAUCGGUUAGUCAACUGCUAGCUAGCUACCAGUGACAGUGCUAGAUAAGGACAUACAGCCAGAGGAAACAGUCAAAGCCUUACAGAGAUGUCUGGUGGUCCCUUCUCCUGCUUCUCCAAACAGGGAAUACUACUUCUCCUACUCUCCAACCUCCAAUAUGGUGUAGGUGUUACUCUGAUCAUCAACAAGAGAGUGGGGGACUCCGUGGAGCUGCUGGCAGGCUUAGAGAGGGAACAUUUCAAAUCCUUGGAGUGGAAGUACAUGGGAAAGGAUAUUGCAGAAUUCAACUCAGAAGUUGUAUAUUCACCUGGAUCCCAGUUUGAGGGGAGACUAAAGAUGAACACCAAAAACUUCAGUUUAACAGUCAGAGAACUGACACUGCAAGACUCAGGGGAUUUUAUACUUACAGGAGAAGAGGACAAAGGUCAGAUUGACAGUAAGACCAUCACUCUGAAGGUCCACGAGCCUAUAUCCAAGGUGGCGAUCCAGACAGACAUCAAGCUAUUGGCCAACCACUCCUGUACGGUACGGCUGGUGUGCAACGUGUCCUGCUACUCCAACAUUAUCUACACCUGGGAGAGAGACAAUGAGAUCUACGGGGACGCCCAGCAGAUUCACUUCUCUCUCUCACCAGUAGAGGGAGACAUCAGUGUAAAGUGCAACGCCUCCAACCUAGUCAGUUGGAAAACUGCCUCUACGACAGUAAAGUGUAGUAAUGACACAACCGCCCCAGGACUGGUGUGGUUUACCAUCUACAUCGGAGUAUCAGUGGGAGGAGCUGUGGUGCUGAUCCUCACUGUAGCAGUGGCAGUGUGCUACUGCAGGGGCCGAAGUAACACAGCAGGACUAACUGACAACACAAUAUAUGCUGAUGUUAUGAUCAAAACAAGAAGUAGAGAUACAAGAUCAAACAGUCAUGUAAACCCAAUAUCCAUCUAUGAAACUGUCAAUGAUCUGGUUAUCCCAGGAUUGAACAAGCCGCAGACUCUGUAUGACAAGAUCGCAUUUGGACGCCCAGAAGGCACCCUCAUCUCCCCACCAGAAAGUACUGUGAGCUGAACAGGAUGUGGUCAUAGGCUGGGCCUUCCAUAGAUAUAGAACCCUCUGCAUGCUCUGCAUCUUACACGUGUAUAUUCUGAAGAUAAGCCUAGAUGUAACUGUCUAUUUUCUUUUAUUUCCUUCUCCCCUUGAUGAUUCUCAUAUAUACAGUAUGUCAUAAGGCCUUAUGCCUUUCUUUGAAGGCCUAGUUACAAUUCGGAGAUUCUGAAAUGUGUAAUAGGCAGUAGAAGGAGUGGUGAUAUAGACAAGCUCAUAUGUCGAAUUUCUAUUUUCUAGAUUAAAGAAAAUAUAUGUAGAUAAUAGCAUGACAUUGAUUAGUGAGGUGGAUUUAUGCCUGUGAAUAGAAAGUGUACUCUGUUGCAUCAGGAUUAUGUGCUCGCCAGGCAUUGAUGAGGUUGUAAUCAGAGAGUAUACGACUACAAAGAUGUGGAUUGUAGUUGGUCUUAUUUUUUGUAUUUUUUGUAUUUUUUGUGGUAAUUAUUUAUAUAUUUACUGUUUUAUUCACAUGUUUUCAAGUUCCGGUGAUAAAUCAUGCAUUCCGAUUCUUGCAUAGAUUGUAAUGGGCGCAUAUUAUGUGUGUAAAAUACUUUUUUGAAGGUUGUACUGAAUAUGAUGAGCUAAGCUAAUUCCAGCUAUAUGUGGAGCCAUGUUUGUUGAGGGGUUUGAUGUCAUCGUCUGUUGGACCAACGAUGCAGACCCAGUAGACUGAGGGGUUAUGUUGUUGCUAUGUGACCAGUGACCAUAUUAGUUUCUAUAUUGUGAUCCACAAGAAUAUGGAGUAGUUACAGUCCUGAAGGGAGCGAUAAGAAACCCCAGAUGUUUACCUUAGUGAACAUAAUAAUAUGUUUUUAACUGAUUUCCCCUGUAACCUUUCUCACCCCAUGUUGGUUUCUAAACACAUGUUGUACAUGUGUCCCACACUCUACACUCUACAACAAACCACUUCGAUAUUUUUUUAGGUACAUUUUUGAUAAAAAUGGAUUCAUGAUUUCAACAUGUGUUUGUGUAUGAAGACUAAUUACCUAAUCUAAUAAGCCUUUAAGAGAAAAACGAAUAAGACAUUAAUGGAAUUGAAGACAGUUUCAUGCUUUAGCUUUGUUUUUGGUGUUUUAUCCCUUAUUGAGAAAACAGUGCAAAAGCUUAGUAAAUGGCUCUCAAAGGAAAUUGCAGCAAAUAUGGUGUAGAUAUGAAGUAAGAAAGUGACCACCCUCUGUAAGAACCUGAGCUUGUGCCAUGCAGACCUGGUUAGUGUGGUGGUGUGCAUUUAACCAAGUCAUUACUCAGGAACUAAAGAGUGGUGCUAACUCAUUGGUUGCAAAAUGUGCUCUCAAUGACAAUGAAUAUAAAAUGCAAUAUUUGUUGGAUGUGUUAUAGUAUCAAGUUGUGAUUAUUGUAAAUGGUUGAGGGUUACUUUGCUACAGUUAUAGUAAACUGUGUUAAGAGAUUGUAACGCCCUGGCCAUAGAGAGGGGUUUUUUGUUCUUUAUUUUGGUUAGGCCAGGGUGUUACAUUGGGUGGGCGUUCUAUGUUCCUUUUUCUAUGUUUUUGUAUUUCUUUGUUUUGGGCCGUGUGUGUGUGGCUCCCAAUCAGGCACAGCUGAGGUUCGUUGUUUCUGAUUGGGAGUCACACAUAAGGAGCAUGUUUUUCCUUUGGGUUUUGUGGGUAAUUGUUUCUGUUGAGUGUUUUGCACCUGACAGGACUGUUUGGCUGUCAGUUUUCUUGUUUUGUUUUGUAUAGUGUUCUUUCUGUCAUUAAAAUUCAAAUUGAACACUAACUCCGCUGCACCUUGGUCAACUCUCUCUCCCGACAGCUGUUACAGAGAUUAAUGAGUGGAGUUUUAGUGAUUUUGGUCUCUGUACACUCUCUGUGUACAGAACAUGGGAAGUCAAUGGCCAUUUAAAGCUGCAGUCCGCUAUUCAAACAACCACAAAAAUGACACCCUUCCUCUUGUUGUGGUAUAUACGACUGACGGAUGGAGCUAAGGAAAUUCAUUCAUCUACAUUAUUUACAAUAAUUGUCAUAAAAUAAACCGUAUAUUUU